AUGGACAAAGGAAAGAAGAAACCUAGAACACUUCAAGAACAAGAAGAUGCUCAGGAGUUCCUUAGCUUCAUUAUGGAUCUAAUGCAUGAUGAAUUAUUUAAGCUUGAAGGACAGCCCUCGAGUAUUAAUGGCCUCAAAUCAUCUCUAGUAUCUUCUGCAGAAGAAGAUGAAUGGGAGACGGUUGGCCCUAAGAAUACAUCUGCAAGGAAAGACGAACUUUUUUUAGAGAAGGGUGGGUGA